GCGGGCUGCCUCCGGGGGCCCUGCCCUUGGCUCGGGGGUGCAGAGCACCCUCUCCCGGCGCUGCCUGCGAGCAGCUGCGGAGACUUUUUUAUUAUUAUUAAUUAUUUAUUUAUUCUGUAUUUUUUUUCCUGCCUGCCAGCUGGGGCGGCUCGUCCCGUCCCGUCCCGUCUCGUCCCGUCCCGUCCCGUCCGUCCCGUCCGGUCCCGCCGGGCAGCGGAAUCCGCUCUCCCGGGGAUGCUGCGCUCCGCGCCCCGCGGCUGAGCCCCAUGGGCUGCACCGGCAGCGCCCUGCGCUGCUGCCCCGUCGGCGGCCAGAGACAGCUAAAAGCCCAGCAGCAGAGGGGACCAGCAUCCCAGGAGCUCACGGCCGUGAAGACAGAGCACGCCAAUGCCACCCUCUUGCCUGAGGAUGGGAAGGAGAAGGCAGCAGUGCCAGAGAGUACAAGACUCCUCCAAGGUCAGGAGGAGGAUGAGGAGGAGCGGCUGCAGGAUGCCAGAUGGGAAGACACCAAAGGAAUCACCCAGGAUGGUGACAUCCAGGUGGAAAAGGGAAAAGACCUGGAGCUGAAGGAGCAGUUUGAUGCCUUGAGGAGAGAGCACAUGGAGACCCUGCAAGAGCUCCAGAGAGCACAUGAGCAGGAGAAGCUGCUGCUGGCAGAAUCCCACCACAGGUCCCAGGCAGCCUUACAGGAGACGAUCCAGGCACUGAAUUCCCAGCUGAAGUCCUUCCAGGACAGGAUGAAGCGGGUGGAGGAGUCCCUUAUGAGCACAGACUACAAGAAGCACAUUGAGGAACACGGGAGCCCCAGCCCCUUCUGGGAGCAGGAGCUGGAGAGCCUGCACUUUGUCAUCGAGAUGAAGAAUGAGCACAUCCAUGGGCUGGACAAGAAGCUGCUGAACCUGGAGACCGUGGUGGAGAAGAACCUUCUGCUGGAGGAGAAGGUGAAGACUCUGCAGCAGGAGAAUGAGGACCUGCAAGUUCGCACCCAGAAUCACUUGGUCAUGGCAAGGCAGCUCUCAGAGGAGCUCCUGGCUGCUCGUGGAGCACUGGAGAAGGAGGCACAGCUACGGGAGCAGGCGCACCGCGAGAAGGAGGAGCUGCUGUACCGCGUGCUCAACGGAGGGGACGGCUCCCCGUUCCCCAUCGCUGCCGGCGAGGUGCCCCUCAUCGCCACGUAGCACAGUGCCGGGGGUAUCAGGGCUUCCUUCUGGGUGCCAGAGCCCAGGGCUGCUCUCACAAGUGCCCCACUGCCGGGGCAGGCCCCCGGGCUGGCCCCAUCCAACCAAGGGCAAUGGAGCAUUUCACAGGACGCUUGCGCCUGCCUUUCCCCAGCCCAUUCGAGGCACCCUGGCAACCCCACUGCACCAUCCCUGCACCCCUUCCUCUGGUGGGAGGCUUUCUAGGGGUAGAAGGGGUCAGCCAGCACACACAGAUUGGGCUGGAUCCAACCCAGCGCUUGCCUCUGAGCAUGAUCAGCAUCAGUGCUGCUUGGGGGCAUGAGGAGGAAGAUGAGGCGGUCACUGGGAUGGGGAUGAGCACAGGGAAGCUGAGGAGAGCACCGGGAUAUGGUGGUGGUAAUGUACCUCACUCCUGGGAAAGGAGGUGGCCAAGCCCAGAUCUGAGCCACAGAAUGGGUGCAGCUGGGUAUAUCUGCCACCUCCAGCACUGCCCCUGCUAUAGACCAUACCUUCCUCCCC